CGGCACUCGCCCUCGAGCUCCGAAAAGGAGGAAAAAAGGAAUUCUCCAUUUCCCCACUCGCUCGUCAGUGAGAGUGUGCGUGCUGGGCUAGCCGCUAGGGUUUCCGCGCGCGCGAGCCCGAGCGCCGGCGACCCGGGGCUCGAUCCGGCGCGGGCGAACCGGGUCCCCGUGGGGGCGGAGCGGAGAUGAAGUCGUCGCUGCGGAAGCUGCGGGGCUUCGCGCUGCAGCGGCACGAGCAGCGGGUGGACCGCGACCGCGGCCGGGGCCACUCCACCGCCGCCGUGGCGGCGGCGGACGAGCUCCUCUUGGCUUCCCAGGAUAUGGCAGAUAUGAGGAGCUGUUAUGAUAACUUACUUUCUGUUGCCGCAGCAAUUGCAAAUAGUGCAUAUGAGUUCUCUGAAGCCCUUCAAGAAAUGGGAACUUGUUUACUUAAACGGGUUACACCAAAUAAGGAUGGAAUAAAUGAUAAGGUUUUGCUGUUGCUCGGGAAAUCACAAUUUGAACUUCGGAAACUUGUAGAUAGUUAUCGUGUGCAUGUUCUUAAUACCAUCACCACUCCAUCACAGUCCCUUCUGAAUGAGCUUCAAACCGUGGAGGCAAUGAAGAGUCAGUGUGAUGAAAAGAGAGAAUUGUACGAAUUCAUGUUAAAUGCACAGAAAGAAAGGGGAAGAUCUAAGGGUGCUAAAGGUGAUACAGGAGCAUCAGAGCAACUGAAACAAGCUCAGGAAGAUUAUCAAGAGGAAGCAACUCUUUUUCUAUUCCGGUUAAAGUCAUUGAAGCAAGGGCAGUUCCGAAGUCUUUUCACUCAAGCUGCUAGGCAUCAUGCUGCACAGCUAAAUUUGUUCAGAAAGGGGCUCAAGUCCCUUGAGGCUGUAGAGCCACAUGUUAGGCUUGCUGCUGAGCAGCAACACAUUGAUCAUCAGUUCAGUGCACUUGAGGAGGAGGAUUACUUUGUUGAGGAUGAAAAUGAUGAUGAUUACAAUGACAGUCAUGAUGGAGAGCUAUCUUUUGAUUAUGGAGAAAAUAAAGAAGUCGAGGAAUCUGUUAAUGCUUCCAGGAGUCAUACAGAGCAGGAAUUUUUUAAUAGAGCCAAAGAAGAGUAUUCUUCUAUUCCACAUGAAAGGCAAAGAAUUGUCAGUCAGUCAGCACCACUUUUUCCUGAGAAAAAGCUCGAAACAGAAGAUAAAAUAAAAGAUUUGCGGCGUUCGGCAAUGAGGAAGUUAAAUACUUAUGUUUUGCCUACUCCAAAUGAUGUUCGAGCUACUUCUCAGAUAGUUUCAGGAAAUCCUACUUCUGGGCCUCUCGACAGCAGAGGUGCCUUUCCAUCUCCGCCCCACCCAUCUGCAGAAAUGGGAGAUUUGAGAGACAAUAAACUACCUAGUCCGGCAAGAUUAUCUAAUGCACAGUCUGUGCUGAAAGAGAGCAAUAUCAAUACCGCAGAAACAAGGAAACUACUCCCAGUGGGUGAUAUGGCCUUACCUGGCUAUCAUGACUUGAAGACUUCUGAUAAUAAAAAGGUGAAGAGAGGGUCAUUUUCCGGCCCAAUAGCUUCCAGACCACGGUCCACAGAGAACAUUGAUGUUCUUUCUGCAGCACCCAGGCACAGCUCUGCACAUCAGCCAAUUCAUGUCAGAGUAUCCCCUGGCAAUUCACCGCCACCUAUUUCCUCACCGAAAAUAAAGGAGCUUCAUGAGCUUCCUCGACCGCCUGUUAAUUCAUCAAAACAUACAGCUUUUCCCAGUUUGGUUGCUCACUCUGCCCCGUUGGUACCAAAUUCUGCCUCAUUGGUGCCCAAAGUUCAAGACCAUUUUAGGGCGAGACAAACACCACCAAGUACCGCAUCACCUUUACCAACACCACCUGGGCCUAUAGCCCGUAGUUUCUCUAUACCUUCUAGAGGCAUGAGAACAUCAAGUAUUUCAGAUAGUAAAGAGACAGAAGAGCAUCAGGAUAAGGGAGCUGCUAGAAUGAGCCUUUCUUCUCUUCCUUCAACGCAAACAUUCUUGGAAGAUGGUCAGCUGUUGUCAGCAGCUGCAGAAUCAGUUAGCAAAACAUAGGGUAUUUGGUGCUGAGGUGGAUUAUUACAUUAUCAAGUGGCUCACUGGAGGAAUGUUGUACAUAUUAGAAUGUCAACUCAGCCAGAAUCGUGAAGUAGUUGGUAUUUCGUGUGCCCUAUGGUUAAGAUGUAGUCUGUGCAAAUAACGGGUUUGCGGAAAUAAAUCCCCAUUUUUCUCACCGGUUGAUUGAUUGACGCGAGAUUUGCUGUUGCUGCCCUCAUUAUUUGCUCUGAAGCAAGUUCUGAGCGCCAUCUGUUUUCUGCAGCUUAUGUAAUUAUCACCUGGUUUCCUCUGCUUAUGUAAUUAUCAUCAGUUUUCCCCUGAUCAACAUUCGAACAAUCACUGUGGAAGGGUAGGGAAAUCCUGGUUCCCUCUCUAUAGGAUUUUGCCUGAGGGGCAAAAAAAAGAGAGAAGGCCUUUGUUGUUGUUGCUGCAUUGGCUCAAAAUUGAAGGCUAGUUUGGUUCCACAUUUACCUCCCCAGGACAGAAUCUUGACUACCAGCUGGUUGUCUCUUUUGGCCUUGUGAAUCAUGUGAAGCUGUUUUGGAACUA